CGAGGAUUUGAGUGAAAGCGCUCAGCCAGCACCUUAAGGUUAGCUCCUUCUUGUUUCUCUGUGGCCCGAGGUUAGCUAAAAACAAACAUCCAAAAUGGACGCGAUCAAGAAGAAAAUGCAGGCGAUGAAGAUCGAGAAGGAUAACGCACAGGACAAAGCCGACACCUGUGAAAACCAGGCCAAAGAGGCUAACCUCCGUGCGGACAAGAUCAUGGAGGAGGUCGCCGAACUGACCAAGCGUCUGGAGCAGGUCACCCAGGACCACGAGAAGUUCAAGACCACCCUCGAGACGGCAACCAAGGACUGCGAGGACAAGGACAAGCUGCUCACCUCCACCGAGGCCAACGUGGCCGCGCUGACCCGCAAGGUGCAGCAGGUUGAGGAGGAUCUGGAAAAGUCUGAGGAGCGCUCGUCCGCCGCCCUGUCCAAGCUGCUGGAGGCCACCCAGUCGGCUGAUGAGAACAACCGUAUGUGCAAAGUGUUGGAGAACCGUUCCCAGCAGGAUGAGGAGCGUAUGGAUCAGCUGUCCAACCAGCUGAAGGAAGCCCGUAUGCUCGCUGAAGACGCUGACACGAAGUCCGACGAAGUGUCCCGCAAGCUGGCCUUCGUUGAAGACGAGCUGGAAGUCGCUGAGGAUCGUGUCAAGUCUGGAGAGGCUAAGAUCAUGGAGCUUGAGGAAGAAUUGAAGGUCGUCGGUAACUCGCUGAAGUCUCUGGAAGUCUCGGAAGACAAGGCCAACCAGAGAGUGGAGGAGUUCAAGCGCCAGCUGAAGACCCUGACGAUCAAGCUGAAGGAGGCGGAAACGCGUGCCGAGAACGCCGAGAAGAACGUCAAGAAACUCCAGAAGGAGGUCGACAGACUAGAAGAUGAACUGGGCGUCAACAAGGACCGGUACAAGUCUCUGGCCGACGAAAUGGAUUCCACCUUCGCCGAGCUGGCUGGCUACUAAGCACGCUGGCCAAUUGGGCCGCCACUCGUUGGUCGUCGGCCGGUAGCAGCGGACCGCUCCGUUAGUUUGUCAGCGAACGUCAACAUCUCAGUGCGACCGCCAAUGCUAGGUAAAACACAUCGAGCGAUUUGUCACCGAAAUCGAAAAGCAACCGACCAACGAAAAACACCACGGAGAGAAGCUACGGCCAAGUGUGUGCCAAACAUCACAUACACACACACACACAUACACAUACACAUGAGAUCGAGACACCAUCACCGUCCUAGGGCAGGGUGCAGGGUAGAGAAGAUGCUCGUCCAACAUCGCCGGGAGCAUUGAACAUUUGAAAGGAGAAAAUUGAGCAGUCCAUCCAGAAGCAGUUUAGAAAAUUCAUCUUGUUGUUGUCGUAGUUGUUGUUGUUGUUGUUGUUAGUGGGAAGUGAGAAGUUCAUCACGUCAUUUUGCAUUAGGGUUGGGUUUGUGCAGUCGCGCCGGUGCGCCACCCUUCCGGUGUUGCCGGAACUGUGCGCGCGCCAGCGCUCGGCUAGCGGAAGCGGAGAAGUCCUAGAGCCAGGAAUCAACAACAUCAUACAUCGAGGCAUGUGAAUCUUCCACGUCUACUUUCUCUCGAUAAAUGUAUUAUUUAUAUCUUUUGAAUAAAUCUAUGAGGACGGAAAAUAAUUUUAAGUAAACAUC